AUGAAAUUCACGAAUAUUGUCGCUGUUAUUUCCUCCGUGGCUGCUCUGCUGUCGGGAACUGUCUCUGUUGUCCUCCCUGGCGCCGAUACUCCCCUCUUCUACCUCGUCGCGUCUUCCCCUAGUGCCUCGGCGAACCUUCUGCCUUUAAGGAUCGAGGGAGGCACCAAUGGCUAUUCCACUCUGACUGGCAGCAGUCCCAUAGGUCAAUUUUACUUCUACCAAGGACGCCUCAGAGCCCACGAUCCGGAUGGGUCCACCGUGUUACAGUACUACAUGCCAUUCCUCAGCUCACAGCUGACUUCCACUGGGUGUACCACCUAUGGAGGCAUCAAAUUUAUACCAGGCCCAAGCACGAACAAAUGUGGUCGCUACGAAUACUUUCAGAUCCAAUCCAACACCGAGAACAGCCAACUUGGUGCGAAGCUGGUGUUUAACUACGUUGGCGGGUUCUAUGCAUGUGGAAGUGGACAGGAUGUGUGGUACAAGGUUGAUGCCGCGGAUGGCCCUACAGAGUGCUCUCCGAUUGAGCUUUACACAGUUCCCGUCACUGUUUAA